GAAGGUAUUUAACAGACUUUGUUGAUUUGGCUUCGACUCUUUAUGGAGAAACUUUUGUCUCGUUAAAUGUGCACAAUUUGAUCCACUUGUGUGAUGACAUUGAAAACACGAAAGGCUCAAUGAAUGAAAUCAGUGCAUUCUCUUUCGAUUGUUACUUGGGUAUUAUCAGAAGUGUUUUACGUAGUCCAGUCAACUUAGUCUCUCAGUAUUAUCACAGAAUGACAGAGAAGCACACUUUCUCAAAAAAAGAAACGAUCACUCAAUCUUAAGUUGAAAUUAUAAUGAAAAAAAAGGACAGUAUUGUCAAAUUACGAUAUCAACAUUAUAUUUUAUCUACAAAACAUCCCAAUAACGUGGUCAUAUUACAAGAUAAAAGCAUUGCACGUAUUUGUAACUUUAGCAUUGUCGAGAACAAUUACUAUGGUACAAUUUAAAAAUACGGAAAGAAAGAUUCAAUAUUUGACCAACCGUGUGAUUCUGGUACUUUGAAUAUUUGGGAGGUCAAUAAUUUAUCCAAGAGAAAAGUUCAAGUGUUCACUUUAAACUCAACUUGUCCAGAGAGGAAGAUACAAAAUCGUCUGUUUUGCCACUCUUGCACUAGAGAAGUUAAAAAAGGAUGUCUGACAGCGAGGAAGAAGUCAAAGAGGAAGAAGUUUAUGAGCUCACUAUAGUGAGAUUUGUACAUAGAGGCAGAAGGAGGGCUGUCGAGCAAAUUGACAUUAUCAACAGUGAAUGGCUCAGCUUUGACGGCAAGAAAGGAAAAUGCACGACACAGUUUCUAGAUAAAGUCCAUACUCAAGAAGAUAUCAACUUGCUUCAUUCCCUUGUAAAAGAACUUGCUCCAGCACCAGAGUCUUGGCCAUGGUUUUCUGUGGAAAUCAUUGGACGUGCAAAGACUUACCACAAAGCUUUGCAAAAGUUAAAGCUUCUUCAAUCAGAAACCAACGUCCUAACUGAGGAUACCGAGGAUGAUCAACAUGAUGUGCAAAAGAAAAUGGAAAAUGAAAUCAGGCAAAGGCAAUUACAGAAACAAUUGAAUGAUUUGAAAUCUUCAUACGCAGUAAAGUCUAAGGAAACCACAACAAAGCCUUCCACAAAAGACAAGAAAGCUGGCAAAGAAGUAUCUAAUAAGAAAGCUGCGACAAUCAAAAUCAAAGAAAAAAUUGAUGAAGAACAACCUGAUGACACCGAGCACAAUAAGAGUGAUGCUGGUAAAGAAGCAUUAAUUUCAGUUCACUGCGAUCAAGAAGAUACUAUCAAGACUUAUGAGGAUCAAUGAGCACUUCAAAUCAAGUUUCAGAGAACAUUUCUGUCCAAGAAGACAAUGUUGUUGUCAUUGAGAUGGAUCCGCUCAACUCCAAAACUGAUUCAGAUCUCAUCCUCAUGAAUACGCUGACAAACUUAAGAAAUGACAUUGCUACCAUUAGCGAGGACAUUGCAGUUAUUAAGAUUACUCAAGACAAUAAAGUCACACAGAUCAAUAAUGUCGUUAUUGAUUUCAAAACUAAAUUCAAUUUUACAAUUCCAAUCACCUCAUUGGAACAGUUUUUGUAAUUCGACAGUGAACUAGCUAAGAAUGAACUUUUAAAAAAUGAUGUGAGCGUACAACUGAUUGAUCUCUGUGAUGCUGAUUUGAUCGUAACCAAAAGUUUUACCAAGAUGUUGAAGUUCUUCAUGACGAAGGAAGUUGCUGGAAAAUUUACAGCUGUAAGAAGUGCAAGGAACCAGAGCGAAGAGAGAAAAGAGAGAUUUAUCUCGACUAAUCUGUAUGGCCUUAUGUGUGGUAUUAUAAAAGUAAAAAGAGUUAAUAAGACAUUAGAAAUCUCUGAUAAAAUACUAUUGAAAAGUAUUAGUGAAGUUUUAUGCAAUGUUGAGCAGUGGAAAUAAAUUAUUAUUGUAUUUUUGCAUAACUAUUACAUUAAGGUGUUUUUGUGAAAAAAGUUUAUCGAGCCUCCUGUAAACAAGGAAUUUUUAAAUAAAUAUAUAAUUAUAUUAA